CUGCCAGUUGGGAAACUUUGUUAUGAAGAUAUCAUUUAGAGUAUGACAAAGUUGAGCAUUAACAAUAAAAGAUAUGCCAACUGAGGCCACAAAAAGACAAUCAACUAUUUUUAUUUUCUUUUCUUAACUCACAGGCAUCUUGUCUAAUAAAUAACAAGCACUAUCAACACAACACAGCAAAUAUUAAACUUGUCAAAAAUGGGAAAUGCUGCUUCUUGUACUCCAACCAAUGGGGUGUUUAAGGUGUUAUUGUUGAAUGGGAGAAUAGAGACAUACACAAAACCAAUAAGAGCUGCAGAGUUGAUGGUAGAAUACACUGGACAGUUUGUUUGUGACUCAAGCUACCUCAAAGUAGGACAUCGAAUUCAAGGACUAUUAGCCGAUGAAGAGCUUGAAAGGCGCAAGUUUUACUUCCUUCUACCAAUGGAACUGCUAUACUCUGUGCUAACACAUGAAGAAAUGAGCUCUCUAAACUACAAAGCAUCAAGGGCAACGAAGCAUGCAAGUUUCAACAAUUUGGGAAAGAUAUUUCCUGUUUUUAGUGAGUUCUGUAUGUUCCCUUCGGAGACAAAGAGAAUAACAUUAGAAGCUGAUCAUAAUAAUCAAGUGGUAAGGGAGGAGACAGAGCCUGUCAAAAGGUACUCCAAACAGAGAUCCUGGAGACCAGCACUAGAGACCAUUGAUGAAACAUCAAGGUCUUAAAUACACGUUCUUUUUCUUUCUUUCCCUCAAUUUGCUUCAUUUGUAUUUAGUAGAAAUUCUUUGUUUUUUUUCUUUUUUUUGGUAAGCUUAAGUUAGAGUUAGUCCACUGUGAUUUUUUUUACGCCAGUCGUGUAACAAAAUAUUUGAGCCGUAUGAAUGGCAUAUCCUCACAACAGUGGCGGAGCUUCAACAAAUAAUUUGAGAUGUAGAAUUUUUAAAAUUUUAAUUGAUAAAUUAAAUGUAGUAUUUUAUUA